AUGGCACCGCUCGACGCCGCACAUGACAGCCAUGAACCAUACAAUGGCUGCAUUUCAGAUGAAAUUGAAGAUAUGCCAGUCAACAAACUUACCACAUUCAACGGCGCUCUAGCCCGGUUUCUGCACUCAGGCAGCUAUAUUGCGUCUGAGUCCCCCAAAAAGCUAAUUAGUCACUCAAAAAAAAUUUCUACUCCUGGUGAAUCAGAGCAAGAACUACCUGCAACAGACACAGCGCCUACUAUGGCAAUCACGAGUCGCAAAGCCACAGCAAGUCCCAAGAUGAAGAAACAGAAUAGUCCCUCGACUCCAAUCAAAUCAGAAAUCACAACAUCAAGAUAUGUUACUCGCUCCAAGACUCCUUCGAGCAUCCCACCCUCGCCUACAACCCUCCAAACAACCCCAUCCCCGCGCCGUCGUCAACGCAAACCAAUAUGCGAAUCCGACACUCCGCCCGCCUCAUCCUCCCUCUUCCGCGAUACAAUACCUCCCAAUCUAAUCCUCCUCCUGGUAGGCGUUAACCCGGGCCUGAUGACUGGAAGAACAGGCUUCUCCUACGCCCACCCCUCAAACCGCUUCUGGCACCUGCUCCACACAUCAGGUAUAACCCGAAUCCGCCACCCACCCUCAGACACAUAUAGGCUUCCAGAGCUAUACAGUGUCGGCAACACGAACAUCGUGGCGAGACCGACGCGAGACGCAAGCAUGCUCACAAAAGCCGAGAUGAACGAAGGCGUGCCGAUUCUCGAGGCGAAGAUAGCGGCUCAGCGGCCUGAGGCUGUUUGUCUUGUUGGAAAGAGUAUCUGGGAGGCUGUUUGGCGGGUGCGGCAUGGGCGGGCGAUUCGGAAAGAGGAGUUUACGUAUGGUUGGCAGAAGGAGAGCGAGAAUAUGGGGCGUUUACCUGGGGUUUGGGGCGGUGCACCUGUCUUUGUGGCUACUACUACUAGUGGGCUUGCGGCUUCGAUGAGUAUCAAGGAGAAGGAGGCGGUUUGGGCGGAGCUUGGAAAGUGGGUUGUGAAGAGGAGAGAGGAGAGAGAGAAAGAGAAGGAGGGUGAAGUUGCUGCUCCUGCUUAG